UUUUCUUCGGGUUCACAAAUCAAACUUCACGAUGACAGUUCGUGUGUGGUUCAAAUUUGGAAUUAUCCGUAGUGAUGUGAAACAGCUGGUGUUAUUGUUUGUGUUGUUAUCGAUAUUGGACAAUUUUCCUUUGAUAUGUAAAGGUGAAGACUAUGACAGAGAUUCAUCAAAAUUAUUCGGCGGCUAUCGAAUAACACCGACGUACUGUAAAGCUACAAGAACAGCAAAAUACAACAGAGGCAACACAAUAUGCAUGUUCAAUCACGAAUGCAUGCAACGCAAGGGAGAAGUAGUUGGCGCUUGCAUGGACGGAUUCCUGUUCGGAGCAUGCUGCCAACUUAAAAGUGAUAGUCAAUCACAUAUACCAAAAGGACCUGGAGUAGUUAUGACGAGCUACUUAGAUUAUCCUGACCUAGAAUCAGAAACAGCCGACUACGAAGCCGAGCAAUUAAACGCUUGGCACAAUAGCUUUAAGCCCGUAGUAACACCAGGCUACAAACCAGAUAGAAAUCAAGUCUCAUCCACUACCUCACCUGAAGAUAAAGUUAGUGAAACACAAGAACUUAUAUCUGAAGGAUUCAAUCAAAUUACUAAUACAUUGUUAAAUUCCCCACCAAAAGAUGAUAUUUAUAUUAAACCUGAAAGACCUGGAGGGAUAUAUACACAUAGUACAAUAGAUCAUAAUAUAGCUGAUACUAUACUCUUUCAUAAGAAUGGUUCGAUCGCCGAUAAUAUUGCUAGGCCUUCAGACUUCAAUAUACAAAUAUCGUCAAUGCAAACCAAACCGACGUAUUCACCUAUAUCAACAUCGACAUCACCUCCUAAAACAGUGUCGACCCAUUUGCCUAUUUAUCCUAAGCCAGUAUUCAAACCAAAGCCAGCAAAGAAAAAUACAACGCAAAGCAGUACAGAAAAUUAUGUAAUAGUAUCAACAGUUACGAAGGAGAAUCAGAAAAUUACGGAGCUCUCUUCAAUAAACAGUAUAAUACAAAUGCUGAAUGACAGUACACCAAGUUUGAAAGAAGAUACAACAUCUCCAUCGUCUGAUAUAUUAGAAAAUAAAUCGUCACCGUCUCCAACAUAUAAUUAUUAUGUAUCUCCAGGUCAUUUCGUAACAGUUAGACCUGGUGCUAGUGUAUACAGUACUACUUUUGCAUAUAGUACUAAAAAACCUUACACAACAAAGAAGCCUUACUUCACUACACCUAAUAGUAUACCUGAAGUGGACAAACCCACAACAAAACCCCAAUACUCGUCACCUAUACCUAGUCUUUCUACUAGUCAAGCAUUAGAAGCUUUCAAUAAUUACCCAACAGACCCUAAUAAUUUUGGGCAAUCUCUAACAACAUUUAGUUAUGUAAGUUCAACUACUACCCAUAGACCGACCACUACAACUAGAAAACCACCAUCUACAAGUUACGUGACUGGAUCAAGUCCUUUAAGGAGACCUGUCACUUCACCAUCAAGUAUUAUUUCAAGUUAUGACGCUGGGGAUACAUUUUCGAGCGUAACCCCAACAGUUAUAGUCCUACAUGGUCUGCACACACCCAAACCAGAGACAUCUACAGAAGAAAAGGAACCAGAAUUCGUCGAAAUAAGCCAAGAACCAUUCAAGAAGCCUAUCAGUCAAAUAACAGUGAACAAUCAUAUAGAAUCAACGAAUAACAUUUUUGUAGGUAAACCUCCUCAAAAAUAUGACAGGCCAUCAUCUCCUACUGUGCUUAUUACUCCUAAACCAACCCCGAAUACCACACCUUAUCCAGUGAAAGGAACCACUCGACCUGUUUCUAUAACUAGUCCUGCGUUCGAUUCAUAUACUGAAUACUAUUCUCCUACAACGCUGAGACCAGAACUGCAAACGUCACCUGAUGAUCUGAUCAAUUUCCCACCAGUCAGAAAUCCAAUGCUUAACGCGACUGGUUCGAAUCCAUUAAUAUAUAAUACAAGCAUAACAUUAUCGAAUGACGAAAUAGAAAAUAUUCCUGAUAUUGACUUCACAACACCUUCAUGGCAAGAAGAUGAAAAUUUGAAUGAGAAAAUGAAUUUGUUUGUUAAUAAAAUAGUGGGUAGUCUCCAAGGUACGUUCCAAGAAUUACACGAUAUCGUUAUAUUGGAUAAAAAGACAAAUAUUACAUCGGUAAAUACUAAAACAACCACACCGAAAACUAUUAAAAAGACUCCAGCCACGACUAGAAAACCGGUCAGAGUGACUACAACUAAAAAACCUACUAGAUUGACCACUACGACUAGGAAACCAGUGAGAACUACUAAAAAACCAACGAAAUUGACAACAGCUGCUAGAAGAACUACCACUAUUGCUCCGCAGACGACUACCACAGCUAAAAAGCCGGCAACCACCACGAAAAAGACUAAGCCAACAAGGAAAGCGACGACUACCAUCCCUACCACCACUUUCACAGAGCAAUCUGAAGAACUCACCACUGAGCCGUAUCGUGACACGACAAUAGACUACAACGACAAAAAUUUGUGCGGUGUUCGACCCCUAGUCAAGUCAGGUCGGAUAGUCGGCGGCAAGAAUGCUGAGUUUGGAGAGUGGCCCUGGCAGGUACUCGUCCGGGAGUCCACGUGGCUGGGACUCUUCACCAAGAACAAGUGCGGAGGUGUUCUGAUCACGAACAAAUUUGUCACAACUGCUGCGCAUUGUCAACCAGGCUUCCUCGCUUCCCUAGUAGCGGUCUUCGGGGAGAACGACAUAUCAGGGGACAAGGAGCCCAGGAGACCUGUCUCCAAGAAUGUGAGACGAGUGAUCGUCCACCGGCAGUACGACGCUGCGACUUUCGAAAACGACCUGGCACUCCUCGAGUUAGAAACGCCUGUUAAAUUCGAUGCACAUAUUGUACCAAUAUGUAUGCCACCGGACGACGCUGACUUUACUGGACGGAUGGCAACGGUGACGGGAUGGGGGCGGUUGAAAUACGGUGGGGGGGUACCCACUGUAUUACAAGAGGUCCAGGUGCCUGUAAUAGAGAAUUCCGCUUGCCAGGAGAUGUUCUUGACUGCUGGACACUUCAAGAACAUCUUGAAAUCCUUCAUCUGUGCAGGAUACGCGAACGGAGAGAAGGAUUCUUGCGAAGGAGACAGUGGCGGUCCGCUAGUACUGCAGCGAGAAGACGGCAGAUGGCAACUAGUAGGUACCGUCUCCCAUGGUAUAAAAUGCGCCGCUCCAUACCUACCAGGUGUUUACAUGAGGACCACGUUCUACAAACCUUGGCUGAAGAGCGUCACUGGUGUACAUUGAUGACAAGGUUACCAGUUUUUAUGUAUGAAAUUUGUGAAUCAAACAAAAGACUCUAUUUGUAACAUCCACAAGGUUGAAUGUUAAGUGUAACUAGAAGAAAUUCGUUUCGAGUCGAAAAAGAUUUGGAUGUUCAUCCACAGAUGGCAUUAGUGAGACUAUCGUUAUUUUUUUUUUAAUGCCAAUUGACGAUAAAAAGAAUUGAUUUUUAAUUGGCGCGUAUGUCCAUGUCAAUUUAUUGAAUGAAAACUCCUCGUUUUCAAGAUAAUGUAAUAUAAAAUUGAAAAAAAAAAUUACAAGAAGCAAGAGACAAGAAUAGGUGACCUUAUUAUUAAAUAUAUUAAACUCUGAUGUAUAAAAAAAUAUUAUUGCAUUAAUAUAAAUUUGAUAAAAUGUUUAAAAUGCAUCCCCCACCUUUCAUUAUCAUAAUUUAAGUUUUUAUUCAACAAAAGAAUCACCGACUUCAGUCUUGAUGUAAUUAUUAUGAGACCGAUAUAGGAUAUAUACUAUAUCGAUUAAAAAAUUAAUCAUUAAAAUCAGUUCUAAACUUGACGAAGAUAUCGCGUAACAUCUACUCUCACAAAUUCAGUCAAUUUGAGAGUUUCCUCAUUUCCGAAGUCGGUUCAAAAUGUUCAGUAUUUUAAUUGUAAUAGUUGUAUAUCAUUUUAAUUAUUUAUAUUAACCGUGUAAUUUCAUUUUUUUAAUUAUUAAAUUCAGCAUGAAAAGACAUUUAAAUAUGAAAAGCAUUUAUUAAAAAAUUUUUUUUUAUUUAACAA